AUGUUCAAAGAUCUGAACUGUCUGGUGAACAAUUGCGUCUGGACGGACGAUAAAACAAAGGUGAAAGAAGCCGACGCGGUCCUCUUUUUUGACCUUUGUCUGAGGGGGGUGACACCCCCGGAGAAAAACCCCCAGGGUCGUUGGGUGCUUGUUACCCACGAAAGCCCUUGUCGCGCCGAUAACUUUAAACUUUUGUCAGAGUGGAAUGGUCUCUUUAACUGGACGAUGACGUACACGAAAGACAGCGACAUCUACAGUCCGUAUGCACAAGUUAUGAGUAACGAUGGGUACACCUCGCGGUUACCUAGGGAACAGAUAUUGUCAAUUGCCAGAAAGAAAUCGAAACUUGUAGCUUGGAUGGUCAGUCACUGCUCCACUCAGAGUAGACGAGAAGAAUACGUCAAAGAGCUACAGAAAUACAUCCCAGUGGAUGUAUACGGGAAGUGUGGUCCCCUUGUGUGUAAGCGAGGUGACUCGCGGUGCUCUGAGAUGCUCAACACCGACUACAAGUUUUACUUAGCAUUCGAAAAUGGUCUUUCAAAGGAUUACGUGACAGAGAAAUUCUUUGAUAUGAUUCCACUGAAUGUAAUCCCGAUUACUCGGUCUGGAGCAAAUUUUAGUCGACUUGGAAUUCCAUCCGUAUUGCACAUAGACACCCGGGAUUUCAAAUCUCCAAAAGAUCUGGCAGAGUAUCUCAAACGUCUUGAUCAAGAUGAUGAGAGCUACGCUGCCUUACUGAGAGCAAAAGCGGACUACAAGGUCGUUGACUGGAAACAGAGUUACUGUGACCUAUGUAAGAAGUUGAAUGAUCCGAACGAACCGAAUAAGAGUUAUCGUGCUGAAGAAAUUAAACGACAACAUGGCUCUUGCGUACCACCAAAUGACCUCCGACCUUAA